GUGGUUGGAAUCAUGAGCCCAGCAGAAGCUGUGAGGUUCCCCAGAGGAGCCUGCAUAGGGGCCUGAGGGUCACUCAUCUGAAUUGGGGUGUGUGUGUGUGUGUCAGCAUCUUUUCUGACAGCAGCCUUUGCAGUACCAUUGGCUGAGGUCUUUUGGUCUGAAUCCAGAUUUACACAGGAUCAACAGUGCUGUCGGAAGUAAAUUUUCUCAUUGCCUCCUCCCCACUGCAAGCAUUCUAGCUCCCUGAAAAUGCUCGUCAGGAGUCGCUGCCAAAGGUGGUGAGCUGCGAUCUGAAUGUGGAAAGGCAGGGGAUUUCCAAAGGGAAGGUCAGAUGGAGAGGCUUUCCCCCAACAGAGCUCUUCUUCCAACAGAAGGUCUCCAUGCCUCAUAGAUGGUAAAUCCUGGAUCCAACCCCUGAAGUCUACAGCAACUAUUAUAAUCGCAUUGUUUAGCAUUCCUGUUAGCAGCUUGGCAUUGGCAAAUGCCAAAAAGUCAACAUUAUAAUUCACUGCAGAUGGGAAAACACAUCUUGAAGGGAACCUGUAGAUGGAAGGCUUUCAGCAGUGAAGGAUCUUGAAGAGAACAAAAGACGGUGAAGAUGGUGAGGUUAUUGUCCAGUUUAAAGAUGAAGGCUAUUGUGCCGCAAUAUAAAAAGGUCAAAGACUUUGGAAUUUCUUCAGCAUAUAAACAACAAAAAUAUCACUUUGUCAUUCUUGUUGGAGGUUUGGGCAACAGAGCAAGAAGACCUUUCAAAGGGGCACAGUAAGAUCUGUCACUACUAGAACCCUAAUUCAUUUUUCAGGAUUCGCUGCGUACCAUCAAUGCAGGAUCUCAUGAAGAUGAUGAGUGCUGUUUUAGCACUCCUUGCCCUCUUCUUCAUCAUGCAAACCUCUGGCUCCCAUGUUACCAUUCAUUAUACAAGCUCUGGAGGGAUCUGUGGUGAUAUGUGUGGCUAUCAUGGCUAUGGCUACACCUGGUGCAGGCAGAGUGGUGGCAAUGGGAAUGACUGGGACUACUGCUCCCUAGAAGAAGGCCUGGAUGCUUCGGGAGCAAACUGUGCCUCAUCCUGUGAUGUCUGGGGUGGCUCCUACCGCUACUGCUACUUGAAAAAUGGAGGAUGGCAUUACUGUGGACUGGUAGGCCAGCAGGAAGCCCUUGAAUAUUCCCAGGAAAACCACAGGUGCCUCACAAGUUGCCAAACAUCUAACGGAUCUUUCCAGUGCAAGACAGCCCAUGGCACUGAGCGCUGCUCCCCGUUCCGUGAUGUUACCCCCACAGGCUUGCCCUGCAACAGUAACUACCGUUGUGCCAAGUAUGGGCACAGUGUGUAUCGAUGCCAUUUGGAUGAGAGCGACGCUGGGUGGGACCACUGUGGGCGGAAGAGCCUGGACAGGUGUGUAUGGGUCCACACCAAAAGCAAUUCUUCCCAGGUAGAGUACUGCACACUUUUCAAGUCCCAAAUGGAAGGCAAGGUGAUCUUCCGCAGGGAAAGGCAAGACAAUAUGCUUUCUCCUACCAAGGCACAAUUCCAAAGGGCUGUCCGGCUUAUUGAUCAAAUCGACUCUGUCAGAAGUCUCCCCAUGUCCGGGGAUCAAGCAGAGAUACGUCUCUACAAGCAGGAAGACAUCUCCUGCAAGGGCAUCAAUUACACCAAUGUGGAACUGCAGAUCAUCAGUACAACUGCUGAGCCCAUUGCUCAUGUCAUCUUCCCAGAGUCACUGACCACCGUUCAUACCUUGCGCUUAGCGUUUUACACUAGUCUCCAUAGCGCCUUUUAUUCACCUGCCUAUAGCAUUGCGGUGUCCACUGAUGAGCCAAUGCUAUGCUCCAUGGAUCAUCAGUGACUCACCCAGCUAGCUUGCUUGUACGUAUCUUAGCAAUCUGUUUCUCAGAGUCGCUGCUUUGACCUGCUAGCACCAGUGCAUGCAUUUGUGGGCACUGUCAUCUGCCCUUAUUGCAAUAUUGCUAAAGUCUGCAGUUGCUUGCAUUAGUCCAACUCUAGCUGCCUUUUAGCAACAAUCCUGUACUUAGAGAAUUCAUGCUGGGUAUCACUGGAAACCAUAUGUAGGCUCAGAAAAGGCUGAACAUGCAAAAUGCACUUGUUUCAUGCCCGUGUUUCUCCCUCACCCCUGCUUUUUGGUCUCAUUGUAGCAUCCAGUAAUACAAGCACAGCACUUAUGAAAUUAACAAUAAAGUCUGUGAUUGAAACAAGA